GAUUUAAAAUUUCUUCCCCCUGAACCGGUGACGUGGACGGUACUUUGGGAAUUCUUAAAACUUUGGCUGCAAUUUGGGAAUUGCGGUUCUUCUUGACCUUAAUUUGGGAAAGAGCUCUACUCUUUCUCCAGUCUCCCAAUUCUCCAUCCCUGUUCAAGUGAUUAUGGCGAAUUCAGAAGAAAGAGAAAAACCAAAGUUGAAGCUCUACUCCUAUUGGAUGAGUUCUUGCGCCUGGCGUGUCCGUAUUGCUCUCAAUUUGAAAGGGUUGGACUAUGAGUACAAAACUGUGAAUUUGCUAAAAGGAGAUCAUUUUAGUGAUGAGUUUCAAAAAUUGAAUCCUCUUGGUUAUGUGCCGGUGUUGGUGGAUGAGGAUAUAGUGACUGCGGAUUCAUUUGCUAUCAUAAUGUAUCUAGAAGAAAAGUACCCACAACAUUCGUUGUUGCCCCAGAAUCUUCAGAAAAGAGCUAUUAAUUACCAGGCUGCAAAUAUUGUGGCUUCGAACAUACAACCUUUCCAGAACUUAGCUGUAGCGAAGUAUAUUGAAGAAAAACUUGGUUCUGAUGAAAGGCUUUCUUGGGUGCAACAUCAUAUCAAAAAAGGCUUUGCUGCAUUGGAGAAGCUGUUAGCUGAACACACUGGCAAAUAUGCUACUGGGGAUGAAGUUGCCUUGGCAGACUUGUUUCUUGCUCCCCAAAUAGCAGGAGCAGUUAAGAGAUUCAACAUAAACAUGGCCGAGUUCCCAUUAUUAGAGAAGUUAAAUGGCGCAUAUUCUGAAUUACCAGCAUUUCAGAGUGCUGAGCCAGGAAAACAACCAGAUGCCCCAGAUAACACCAAAUCCUAGUUUAGGCCAUUUGUAUCAGGACUGUUAUUGCUAAUUUGCUAUUCUCCUGAAAGAAGCGGUAUGGUGAAUGUUGAAAAUGUACCAGCUUGUUGUAGUCAACUAUCCCAGAAUGUUCAGAUUUUAUCUCGUACGGAUUUAAGCAUACUAGUAGAAAACAAAGAACAAACAAAUAAGGGCAUUUGUAGUAUUUUCUGCCUUCUGGAAUAUGGAUACUGCUGAAGGAUGGCAUUUGUAGUAUUUUCUGCUUGUGGAAUAAGAAGAGUAGAUAUAUAUGCUAGAUUACUACUUUAUAUAUAAAGGGAAGUCUGCUCCGGUGUGACCGUUGCUCCAAA